CCAAGGACAGAUUAAAAUGGUGUCGCCUCCACACAAAUUUGUAGCCCACUUUCCGCAGGAACCGGACGACUGGGACGAGGUGUCUUUAAGAUGCAAGCUGCAAGAUAAUGCCCGCCAGUUUUCAGUUAAUUUCUGCGUCAAGGCACCGGACGCGUGGCAGGCAUCCAAGAUCGACGCGAUGCCCAUAAUGUACCAGUUCAAGAUUGUCUUUCCGGACAAGCCGACCGGAAAGAGCGAGGUGGUGCAGAACUGGUGGCACUUGAACUGGAUGAAGGAGAAGAAGGUGGACAAUACCAAGCUCAUGGACCGCACAAAACCCUUCACGCUCGUGUUUCGAAUGUUCGAGGCCAAGAUGAAGGUGUUUGUCGGUGCCAUUAACCAUCCGCCCGAUUACGAGUACGACCUGACGCUACCGCUUCGAGAUGUCCGCACGGUCGAAGUGUGGGAAGACUUUCAGCACGUGGAGGAGCUCUCCUUUCGCUAUCCAUGUAAGAAGUAGCCGCGGACACUUGAAUUGAAUUCAAGCAAUCAACGAGCGAACGCACGAACUUUACAUCAUGCGUGACUGCGGCACCGUGUUAUGGCCGUGAUCGUGAUCGUUAUUCCCCUGGCGUCGUUCCAGGAGACGUGCAAUUAUUGAACGUUCUCGAUCACGCUCACGAUUAAAUGUUCUUCGUCUAGUCUUAAUUUAAACUUGGGCAACAUCUCGCCGAACUUUGGACCGCGCCCCACGUGGAUAAUCAUUGAUAUCAAUUUCGACGCACGCACAGAAGCCAUCACAAUCGACACUAUUAAACCUAUUCGAUAAAACCCGACUAAACCCGACUUUUAAACCCAUUCGAUGGUAGUUUAGUACGUAAGACUCGUGUUUGUAUCUUAUCAGCAACAGGCAGCAGCAGCUGCUCACCUUCGCACAGGCCCCUGCACAGAUAACGCUCUGAGUGGGGAGCAAAGCAAAAUGCACCAAUAACCUUUGCCGGUACCGUCCU